AUGGAAUCCGAUAGCCAGACAAGUAUCCAACUCCUCGUCAGAAAAAUAGAGCAAGCUGUUACUGCGCCGUACACCCCUGUCCUACAUGGACUCGAUCGUGAUGUCGAGUACGCUUCAGAUGCUACCCUCCGCCAGUGGGUGGAUUGCAAGCCUUGUCAGGUGUCGCUUUUGACAGCAGUGCUUCUUGAGCAGCGACCGACUUCAAACAAGCUACUAGCGAGAUUCGGCUAUCUAAAGAUCGUGCGGGAUACCCUGCUUGAUCGCGAGCCAGCUUUGUUGGAUCAAUCGCUUCAUUGCGCCAUUGAAAAUGGAAACGAGGAGGAUCUCAACCUAUGUGUUUCCAUGCUCUCAAGUCCUUUGUCUCCGAACAUUGCCGCUCCAGUACGCGUUCCUGUCUUCUUGACUAAACUUCUCAGCGAUGUCGCGCAAAAUCCUUGUGCGGCCAAGAUCAAGCCGCUAUGCGACGUCAUGCAAGGACUUCUUAGCAACGCAGACCUGAUCCAGCUUAUACCAAAUGAUUUGAUGGAGGCAUUUCAACGUGAAGGGACCAAGAUUUUGAGAAAUUUGAACGAUCCUCUGGGGACAUUGCUAUCUUUGGCGACCUUCACGCGCAUACGUAAACUGUGGAAGCCCAGGGAUAGUACCCAAAAACAGCCACAGUGGCUAACGAACAUCUGCCAAAUCUUCGGUCCCAAGAGCUCUAACAAGGCUCUUGACUUAGUUGUUAUCUCAGCCGUGAUGGCUUGUUCUACAUCCUCCAACGGGUACACAAUAAACGAGCGCAUCUUACUAGUCAGACUGGCAACAGAGAUAUGUCAUGAGAUUGAUGAAGAUCUCAGAAAGACUUGGCUGAGUACUAACUCUCCAAAGCUUGGCAAGCUAUGCGAGAAGCUAAAACGACCUGACAUUAAUGCCGAGCUACAAGUUACUGGCUUGACUUUACUCAUAACAUUUUCACAGUGGCUGGCAUUGCCACGAGAGGUAUACGACUCGAUGCGAGAGCAACUUUACACUCAAACUACAUAUAACGUGAUGACUGCUAUACCAGAAAUGGUUAAAGACAUUCUCUUUGAGCGAUUGUUAGCUCACUACGACAACGAAUAUUUGGAUAUCUGCUUUGCAACUAUUCACGGACUAAUACCCGAUAACGACAAACAUUUGCCUGGCCUAACAGAUCUCAAAAUCAGGCAGCUGCUCGUUUCGACAUUGGGAAAGUCCGAAAAGGCUUCAAAACUUCGCCGUUCCUUUCUAAGACGGCUUUCUGGAUCUGACCAAAGUAUAGGAAUUCUACGUGACUAUGCUCAAGAGUUCUCAACUCGUGAUGGAUCCUUCCGAUGUUCAGAGUCUAAUGUAUGCUCCACGGCUACUAUCUUACAGAAAGACCGUCUUUUCUUCGAAUGGUUGGGCUGCAUUCACUCUGCAAUUGAUGCUGAUGGUGCCGAGAGCCAAGAGAUAUUUUCCUGUUACCAUGAACUGUUUGACUUUUUUCUCAGAUCUCUUAAAGAGAAUGCCACAACAUCCAAACACUGUUUCUUUUCUCAUCUAAAGGAACCCGAGAGGAAUGGAUACUUCUCCCAAAAAACGGCAAAACCGACAGUGGUAGAGAAUGCGGAUGGUGCAAGUCAUGAAUGGAGGUCCAAAGUUGCCGGUCUUCUUAUGGAUAAUGCUAGAAGUUCUCAUGAAACCAUCAUCCAACAGAUGGAAGCAAUGUUACAAGAUUUUGAGAAUCGGUGCAGCAACGUCGAAGAGCCUUUAGCACUUGCAGUCCGAGAACGGGAAGACCUGAACCAGAAACUGGCGGCCUCAAAACACUUGAAUCAACAGCUAGAAGAGCAAAUCCAACAAUCCGCCGAGAUGACGAAUGCUUUGAGGAAACAACUUGAUGAGUCCGUUGCGCAAAUUAGAGAUUACUCGUGUCAAAAUGUACAUUUGGCCAAUCAGGUGGAUGCCUUGCAGACAGAACUUGACACAAGCCGGAAGGAAGCGCGAGAUGGUAUUGAGAUGGUUAACUCAAAAGCACGCGAUCGUGAAUUGGAUCUCAUGGCCACAGUCGCCGAGAGAGAUGAUCUCCUGGAAGAGCAGCAGAUGGAAAUAGAAGUCAUGUCCAAGGAAAGGACGCAGCUCCAGGAAGCUGCGCAUGUCAGUGCAGAACGUCACCAGGCAGUCCCCCAAGACUACGAUGAUUUGCGUCAAGAAAUGGCGCAAUUACAGAAAGACGCUACGCAAAACUGUGACAUGCUUCGACAUGAGAUUACCAAGUUGCAACAGGUUAUGGAGAUCCGCGAAUCGACGAAUGUCGAGAAGGAUAAUCGGAUUAUUGCAUUGGGCGAGACCAACAAAGACCUCCAAAACGAGAAUCAAAUGUUGAAAGAUAAGCUGGAGCAGGCUCAAUCGAACUGGGAACAAUCUAUGUCGGCACUAGAGGAAGCACGUCAGAAGCACAAGAGUAGUAUGGCUGAUAUGGAGACGAAAUACCAGGAUCAAGUGUUUGAAGCCCAGAAUCAGGCUCAGCAGUUGACCGAGCGAUAUCGACUUGAAAUUUCUACCUUGCGACAUGAUGCAGCAAAUACAUCCGCCCAAGCCGAGAAAGAAAUUCGCACCAAAAACAAGAGGAUACAAUAUCUAGAGAAGAAGGUCGAGGCGUUUCGAAAUGAACGGGCAGCAAAAGCUCGCGAAUUCAGCGAAGCUCAAGAACAUAUUAGUCGCUUUAUGAGCGUGAUGGAGUUUACCAAGGAUCAAAAAGACGACAGCAGCAGAAAACAACCAGCGACUGGUCCUUCAAAGGCUAAGGAACAUGUUCGUCGAUCAACCCGUCUAAGUUUACUACAGGCUCAGUCGCCUUCACAAGCCGGGAUGACUACAAUACAAGCACAGUCUUCGAAUCCAGCUAUUCCUCCUACAAGUACAGAAUCUCUUUUCCAUCAAGAAGCUACUACAACGCCACGCCGACGCAGUCAUCGGUUUUCGGAAACAACUAGUUUCGUUAACUAUGACAAUACCACCUAUUUUCCCAGUAUACAUGAAAGAGCAGUUGAAGGAUUUCCUGGAGUCAGGCGGCAACCACUUAGCAAUCUUGACAGGAAUAGCCCUAAAAAAUCGCCUGCUUCGACUAAUCCUAAGGAUGCUAGGAACGAUAAACUUGGUCAACAGACCCAGAUUGGGUCUCAGACGAACAUUGACAUUACGGAUUUGGGAAAUUUGGACGUAGAUUUUGAUGACAGGGAUCUUUUGACGAGUACUAUGGCGCAAUGA